AUGAGGUUUCUUGUGAUUUUUGGCGUUCUUUUUGUCACUGUUAAUUCCAUUGUCUUUGAUGAUGAUUCAAGCUCUGGAUCUCACGAAUCUUCAUAUUAUUCCGGAGGGCGUGGAGGACAUCAUGGAGGAAGACCUCCAAAACAUCAACCAGUAACCGAGAGACCAGAAACAAAAUGUGAACCCGGAUGGACAAGAGUCCAUAGGCAAAGUGGUGGAUGGUGUGUAAAAGUAUUUGUUGGUAUGACAAAUCAACCACAAGCAGAAUUAUUAUGUGCUCAACAUGGAGCCCGAUUGUCAGCUGUGGAGAAUCAUGAGGAGAGGGAAACUAUUGCUGAAUUAGGAAGAGUUAUGAUGACGACUACUUCUGCGUGGAAGUUUGGAACUCUGAGAACUGGAAUCAAGAGAGACACAUUGCAUAGUCCAUUCUACAUAACAGAUGGCAAUGCUAAAGGCUUGAAUGCUGUCAAAUGGAGUGGAGGAGAACCAAAUCAAGGAAGUUAUGGGUUAGAAGAAAACUAA